AUCACAGUAUUGCAGAUACGUCGUGUAAUUAUCCAUCAAAUUUAUUGUUCAUAGUUAUUGUUCAAUGAAAUUGUGCAGUGUUUGUAAAAUGUAAAUUGUGCAAAGUGUCUGUGGUGUCUUUAAGUGUUAAAUGUCUAGUGCAAGCAUAAAUUGUUGAGUGUUCAGUGCUAGUGUAAAGUGUUACUGAUAACUUGCAAGGUCCUGAGCAGAAUUAUCUGACAUCGUCUGGUGGGAAAUAGCAGUUAAGUGACGUUUUUUUUAGCUGCAAUACACUUAAAGCAAUUUAAUUCAAAUCUUCAAGUGUAUUAGGACAUCCUUCUGCAUAUUAUUUCCCCACUAAGUAAAUAGAAUAAUGGAUAAUCAAAGUACAAAUUCAGUAGAACAUGAUUACACGGAGAUAGUCCAGAGGCUGUCAAAAAAACAAAAAUGGGCAUAUGGAGUCGGGCAUGUGUUGAAUGACAUUUGUGCCUCAUUGUGGUUUACAUAUUUAAUUGUAUUUUUUCACUUUGUAUUGGGUUUCAAUCCCGUGUUAUCAGGAACUGUUUUACUUAUUGGUCAAGUAGCUGAUGCUGUUUCUACGCCAUUUAUUGGAUUGCAAUCAGAUAAAACUGAUGACUUCUGGUUGUGUAGAUAUGGAAGACGGAAAACUUGGCAUCUAAUAGGUACAAUAUGUGUCAUGUUUAGUUUUCCUUUUAUAUUUUCUCGUUGUAUAAAUUGUUACAAUGCUGAGCAUUGGGCUCAAAUAGUUUAUUAUUCGGCAUUUAUAAUAAUAUUUCAAUUCGGUUGGGCUGCUGUACAAAUAUCACACUUGUCUAUGAUACCUGAUCUCACACCAACCGAACACGAAAGAACGGAGCUCACUGCAAUUAGAUAUACAUUUACAGUUUUUUCAAAUGUUUUUGUAUACGGAGUAACCUGGGCAGUAUUGCACGUCACCAGUGAUAAUUUAAAUAACCAAAUAGGUCCAAAAGAUGUUUACAAAUUUCAACAAAUUGUUCUAAUUGGUAUGGCAGUUGGUGUUGUAGCGUCAAUUACUUUCCAUUCAAUUAUUCAAGAAACUCCGCACGAUUCUACUGGUCCUAUAAGACGAAAUUUACGACCGGCUUCGUCAUUUUUGAGAGACGUUAAGUUCUAUCAAGUAGCUGUCGUGUACAUGGCAACUAGGUUGUUUGUAAAUAUAUCACAAAUUUAUGUACCUUUAUAUUUACACGAUACUUUGAAAAUGCCCGCGACAUCUUUGGCAAUAAUCCCCCUGAUAAUGUACCUCAGCAGCUUUAAAGUUUCCUUGAUAAUUGAGAGAAUAAAUACCAAAUUAGGUAGAAAAAUUUCGUAUGCCCUUGGAGUAUUGCUGGGUAUAUCUGCGUGUGUGUGGAUAUGGUUUGGCCAAGGGACGAAUUUUACUAAAUUGUAUAUAUAUCCGGUUUCUUUAUUACUCGGAGCAAGCGGAUCUAUGAUGCUAGUAACUAGUCUUGGAGUAACCGCAGAUUUAAUUGGCCCAAAUACAGAAAGCGGUGCUUUUGUUUAUGGUGCUAUGAGUUUUACCGACAAACUCAGUAAUGGAAUUGUUGUCAUGGCAAUACAAUACACACUUCACAAGUUCAAUUCUCCUUAUUAUUAUCGGGAUGUACUGAGUUUUGUUUGCGGAGGAGCCGCAACUGUUGGCCUUUUAAUGUUGAUAUCUAUAAGACCUCUGAUAAAUCAAAUUGAAGAUGGAAGAGAAUAUCGAACUAUAGAAUCAGACGAUACAUUUGAACCCAGAGAAGUAAACUCGAGGAUAACCAGUGAAAAUUGAUAAGUGUGAAUUUAAAUUAAAACCGUACUUAUUUUAUUAUUUUUAAAACUAAAUUAUUGUAUUAAAUUAAUUGAUAUUAUUUAUAAAAAUAAAAUAACAUUGU